UGGGACCGAGUGGUGUUUCCCAGCGUUUCACUGGAGGGGUGAGCUGGGGAGAUUGGUAGCUUGGUACAGUUUCAGCUUAAAAGAAUUACAGAAAAAACCGUAAGUGGAUUAUCUGUUUUGGGCCAAAGUAAUUAAAGCAUCAGAAUCAUGAUGGAGACAGAGGAGUUUGAAGAAGAGUAUGAGGAAGAAUAUGAGGAAGAGACUGAGGAGGAGGUUGUGGAGAAGCAAGUUGUGGCGAGAACGGAAGGGAUCACCCAGAAAACAGCAGCCGCGGAGUCUGGGGCUCUUCCCGUGCGAAGGAUGAAGAAGAAGGUGAAGGUGGACACCUCCAAGUUCAUGACCCCCUAUCUGGCCCACAGCCAGAAGAUGCUGGACCUUUUCAGCCAUAAUAAAUAUCGGCAGGCGUAUGACCAGAGCAAAGGGCAGCCGUAUGCUGUGACGGCCGAAAACCUGGAGAUGAUGAGGAUAAAGAAGGCCCAGCAGCAGCUCAGCGAUGUGAAGUACCGGAUGGAGGGUGUGAAGUCGCAGACCAUGAGCCAUUACGAUGGGACGGCCCGGGAGAUCACCCACGUCAAGCACGUCUCUGAGCUGUUGAACAAAGCUCUCUACAGGCAGAAAUGGGAUGAGACCAAGGACAAGUACCUGCUGCCCCCAGAUGCUCCAGAGCUGGUGCAAGCAGUGAAGAACGCACAGAAUUACAGCAAGAAAUUGUACACAGAGGCCUGGGAUGAGGACAAGACCAUGUACUUCCCCUAUAGCGACAGCCCCGAGUUACGCAGGGUGGCCAAAGCCCAAGAAGUCCUCAGUGAUGUCCAGUACAAGAAGAGCCAUGAUGAACAACUGGCCAAGUUCACCUCCCUGGCAAACCCCCCUGAGGUGGAUCUGGCCAAGAAGGUGUUUGCACAGCGCAGUGAUCUUAAAUAUCGUGAUGCCUACAACAAGAAGGUGAAGGGCCACUGGUGCGAAACGCCAUACAUUGAUGUCGCCAUCGCCAAGAUGGCCAUGGACAACAUCAGCGCCAGAAAGUACACAGCUGACUAUGAAGACGCCAAAGACCGGAUUUAUUUCAUGCAAACCCAGACCCCUGAGUAUGAAUUCCAGAAGAAGGCGGGGCAGACGGCCAGUGCGGUCAAGUACAAGAAGGAAUAUGAGAAGACAAAGUCAACAUCCAGCUACAGCACCCUCCCAGCGUCAAACAACCCCGUGCUGAGGCAGCAGAGAUACGCCGGCACCAUCCUGAGCGACAAAGUGUACAAGGCUGACUAUGAGAAAGCAAGGGGCUUUAGCAUCAACUACUGCGACACUCCCAAGUUCAAGAUGGACAACAUCAUGAAGAAGUUCAGUGAUGCACAUUAUAAAGACAAAUAUGAAAACGAAGUCAAGGGACAUUAUGUCGGCAGCUACGAGGACAUGAAUAUGCUGCACUGCCAGAGGGUGGAGGAGAUGAAGGGAGAUAAAAAUUACAAAGCUGACUAUGAAGAUACCAAGAACAGGUGCUUCUACCUGCAGACGAUGACCCCUGAAUAUGAAGCUCUGAAGAAGCUACAGCAAUGCAGCGAUAAAGCAUACAAGCAGCAUCCUGACAGGGUGAAGUUUACUCAAGUGACAGACUCCCCUGAGCAAGUACAAUCCGCCAUAAACGCCAAGCAGCUCAGUGAUCUCCAUUACAAGGCAAAGUACGAAAAGGAGAAGUUCAAAUGUUAUGUGCCCCCCGAUUAUCCCUUCUUCAUCCAGUCCAGAGUCAAUGCCUACAACCUUAGCGAUAACUGUUACAAGUAUGACUGGGAGAAAACCAAAGCGAAGAAGUUUGAGAUGAAGAGUGAUGCUCUUCCAAUCCUGGCAGCUCGAGCUCACACCAACAUCAUCAGCGAUGUUAAAUACAAGAAACAGCACGAGAAGGACAAAGGCCAGAUGAUUGGAGCUCUAAGCAUUGAAGACGAUCCCAAGAUUUUGCAUUCUGUUCAUGUUGCUAAAAUCCAGAGUGAUCGUGAGUACAAAAAGAACUAUGAGAAGACAAAGACCAAAUACCACACUCCUCUGGACAUGAUGGCCAUCUCCCAGGCUAAGAAGUCCCAGGCCGUUGCUAGCAAUACUGGCUACAAGAACCUGAUUCACAAGUACUUCCUUCCCAGUGACAGCAUGGCCCUAGACCUGGCGAAGAGGGCAAACACCAUUCAGAGUGAUAAUGACUACAAGUCCGAGUACAACUGCUACACCAAAGGUACUCCCUGGAUCCCGUUUGGCUCGAUGGACGUGGAGAAAGCCAUGAAGGCCGGGCAGAUUUUAAACGAGAAAAAAUACCGGCAGCCUCCUGACAGCAUUCCGUUUACUGCCAUCGACGACCAUCCCACCAUGGUGCAGGCCAAACUCAGCCAAAUCCAGAGAAGCGACCUGAACUAUAAGAAAGGCCUAAACGAUGUCAUGAGGAAGUACUGCCUGCCCUCAGAUGUACCAGCAUUCAUUCAGGCCAAAUGCAACGCGUUCAAUCUAAGCAAUAAAUAUUACAAGAUGAGCUUUGAAGACCUCAUUGCAAAGGGAUAUGAUCUCAAGACUGAUGCGAUUCCCAUCCUGGCCGCCAAGGCAGCACGAAACGCAGCCAGUAGUUAUCAGUACAAGAAAGAACACGAGAAGGCUAAAGGUCACCACGUCGGCUUCCGUAGCCUUGAUGAUGACCCCCUGUUGGUGCACUACAUGAACGUUGCCAAAAUGCAGAGUGCCAGGGAGUAUACUAAGGACUACCACAAGGUGAAGCUGAAGUAUCACACUCCAGUGGACAUGUUAAGCAUCAUGCAGGCUAAGCAGGCCUCGGCCGUAACCACCAACAUCGGCUACAAGCGGCUGCAGCACCGCUACACCCUCCUUCCUGACGCCAUGAACCUGGAGCUGGCUCGAGCUCUGAAUGCCGCCGUCAGCGACAAUAACUACAAGUCAGACUAUGAGAAUUCCGUGAAGGGAGCCGGCUGGGUGCCUAUUGGUUCUCUAGAUGUGGAAAAAGCAAAGAUGGCGGGAAAAGCUUUGGAUGAAAAGAAUUAUCGGCAGCACCCUGACACCAUCAAGUUCACCAGCAUCUGUGACUCUCCCGUGAUGGUUCAGGCCAAGCUCAAUGCCCAGCAACUAAGUGAUAGAGUGUACAAGGCUGGUGGUGAGAGGUUCCUGCAUACAUACCACCUUCCUGUUGAUUCUCCGGAGCUUUUGCAGGCGAAAUACAAUGCAGUCAACUUUAGCCCGAACUUUUACAAGUAUGCUUAUAAACAAGAUCUGUUAAAAGGACACCACAUGAAUGAAGAUGCCCUUCCAAUUACUACUGCCAAAGCUUCAAGAAAUAUAGCCAGUGAUUAUAAGUACAAGAAAGAUUAUGAGAAAAGCAGAGGCCAUCAUCUGGGCUUCCGCAGUCUGCAGGACGACCCCCUGCUGGUGCACUACAUGGAGGUGGCCAAGAUGCAGAGCGAGAAGAACUAUAAGAAGGACUACCACAAGACCAAGCUGAAGUACAGCAGCCCUGUGGACAUGCUAAGUGUUGUGCAGGCCAAGCAGGCCUCGGCCGCCACCACCAACAUCGGCUACAAAAAACUGCAGCACCGCUACACCUUACUGCCGGAUGCCAUGGACCUGGAACUGGCUCGCAGCAUGAUGGGCAUACAGAGUGACAAUGCCUACAAGGCUGACUACAAGAGCAUGUUGAGGGGUGCUGCCUGGGUCCCUAUCGGCUCGUUAGAUGUGGAGAAAGCCAAGGCAGCCGCCCGUGCCCUGGACGAGAGGUCCUACCGCCAGCACCCCAGCAUGUUCAGCUUCACCAGCCUCGUGGACUCCAUGAACAUGACACUGGCCACGAGCAACACCAAGCAACUUAAUGACGUGGCAUACAGAGCAUCCGGGGAGAAGUUUAAACACACAUACAACCUGCCUGCCGACAGCCCAGAGUUCAUUCAGGCCAAGUACAAUGCGGUGAACCUGAGUGAGGUUCACUACAAGCAGAAAUGGACUGAGUUCAUCGCUAAAGGAUAUGACAUGAAGACGGAUGCAAUUCCCUUUGUGUCGGCUAAGAUGGGAAGACACAUCGCCAGUAACUACCAGUACAAGAAAGAUUAUGAGAAAAGCAGAGGCCAUCAUCUGGGCUUCCGCAGUCUGCAGGACGACCCCCUGCUGGUGCACUACAUGGAGGUGGCCAAGAUGCAGAGCGAGAAGAACUAUAAGAAGGACUACCACAAGACCAAGCUGAAGUACAGCAGCCCUGUGGACAUGCUAAGUGUUGUGCAGGCCAAGCAGGCCUCGGCCGCCACCACCAACAUCGGCUACAAAAAACUGCAGCACCGCUACACCUUACUGCCGGAUGCCAUGGACCUGGAACUGGCUCGCAGCAUGAACAGCAUCGUCAGUAAUUGCAUCUAUAAGAAUGACUACAACAAUUAUGUAAAAGGAUCUGGGUGGGUUCCCAUAGGAUCUCUGGCAGUAGAAACUGCCAGGGUCGGCACUGGGAUCCAAAGCGAGAAGCGGUACCGCACUCACCCCUCCAAGUUCCAGUUCACAAAACUGAUGGACUCCAUGGAUCUGGCCCUUGCCACUGCCAACAAUCAGACUAUGAAUCAGAAAGCAUACACUGAUGCUUGGGAGAAAGACAAGAUCAAGGUCCACAUUAUGCCAGACAGUCCUCUGAUGAUCCAAGCAAAGAUCAACCAGCUCAAUUUGAGUGAGAAACUGUACAAGGCCGGUAUGGAGGAGGAGAAGAAGAAAGGUUAUGACCUCCAGCUAGAUGCCAUGUCAAUCAAGGCUGCAAAGGCCUCCAGGGAUAUUGCCAGUGAUUAUAAGUACAAGCAGGCUUAUGAGAAAAGCAGAGGCCAUCAUCUGGGCUUGCGCAGUCUGCAGGACGACCCCCUGCUGGUGCACUACAUGGAGGUGGCCAAGAUGCAGAGCGAGAAGAACUACAAGAAGGACUACCACAAGACCAAGCUGAAGUACAGCAGCCCUGUGGACAUGCUAAGUGUUGUGCAGGCCAAGCAGGCCUCGGCCGCCACCACCAACAUCGGCUACAAAAAAUUGCAUCACCGCUACAACUUAUUGCCGGAUGCCAUGGACCUGGAACUGGCUCGCAGCAUGAACAGCAUUGUCAGUAAUUGCAUCUAUAAGAAUGACUACAACCAUUAUGUAAAAGGAUCUGGGUGGGUUCCCAUAGGAUCUCUGGCAGUAGAAACUGCCAGGGUCGGCACUGAGAUCCAAAGCGAGAAGCGGUACCGCACUCACCCCUCCAAGUUCCAGUUCACAAAACUGAUGGACUCCAUGGAUCUGGCCCUUGCCACUGCCAACAAUCAGACUAUGAAUCAGAAAGCAUACACUGAUGCUUGGGAGAAAGACAAGAUCAAGGUCCACAUUAUGCCAGACAGUCCUCUGAUGAUUCAAGCAAAGAUCAACCAGCUCAAUAUGAGCGAGAAACUGUACAAGGCCGGUAUGGAGGAGGUGAAGAAGAAAGGUUAUGACCUCCAGCUAGAUGCCAUGUCAAUCAAGGCUGCAAGGGCCUCCAGGGAUAUUGCCAGUGAUUAUAAGUACAAGCAGGCUUAUGAGAAAAGCAGAGGCCAUCAUCUGGGCUUGCGCAGUCUGCAGGACGACCCCCUGCUGGUGCACUACAUGGAGGUGGCCAAGAUGCAGAGUGAGAAGAACUACAAGAAAGACUACCACAAGACCAAGCUGAAGUACAGCAGCCCUGUGGACAUGCUAAGUGUUGUGCAGGCCAAGCAGGCCUCGGCAGUAAUCACCAACACUGGCUAUAAACAGAAAAUAUCACACUAUACUGUCCUCCCAGAUGCCAUGAACUUGGAGCUAGCAAGGAACAUGCAGCAAAUUGCCAGUGAUAAUAUCUAUAAAAGUGAGUACAGCAAUUAUAUUAAAGGAACCGGCUGGAUACCAAUGGGGUCUUUGGAUGUUGAGAAAGCAAAAACAGCAACUCAAAUCAAAAGCGAAACACUGUACCGCCAACACCCAAGCAAAUUCAAGUUCACCAAAGAGAUGCAGUCAAUGGAUAUGGCCUUGGCAACAGCAAAUGCUCAGAUCAUGAACAAGCAAAGCUACACAGGAGCCUGGGAGAAGGACAAGACCCAGAUCCACAUCAUGCCUGAUGCUAUGAAUGUAUGUCUGGCAAGACAGAACAUGCUCAACUAUAGUGAGAAACUUUACAAACUUGCAAACGAGAUGGACAAGAAAAAGGGUUAUGACCUUCCUCUGGAUUCCAUGGCUAUCAAGGCUGCCAAGGCCUGCAGGGAUAUUGCCAGUGAUUACAAGUACAAGACCGGAUAUCGCAAACAAGUUGGACACCACAUUGGGGCCCUCAGCAUCCAAGAUGACCCCCUGCUGAUGCUCGCUCUGAAUUCAGCCAAGAUCGCAAGUGAUGCUUUAUACAAGAAGGACUUCCAUAAGUCCAAGACCAAAUACAACCUUCCAGUGGACAUGAUUGCCUUUGAGCUGGCUAAGAAGAAUCAGAUCCAGGUCAAUGACUUCAACUACAGGACCCGCCUUCACAACUGGACCUGCCUGCCGGACUCCAAUGAUGUCGUCCAGGCCAGACAGGUCUAUGACAUGCAGAGUGAUGUAGUGUACAAGGCAGACCUGAAAUGGCUUAAGGGCUUGGGAUGGGUUCCCAUGGGCUCUCUGGACGUCGAACAGGUCAAGAAGGCUGGACAGUUCCUGAGUGAGAACCUGUACCGCCAGCACCCGAGCAAAUUCACCUUCACCAGCUCGACAGAGGACAUGCCGAUGGUUCUGGCUAAAGCCAAUGCGCUAAACACCAACAAGUUUCGCUACACUGAAGCCUGGGACAACGACAAGACAAACAUUCACGUGAUGCCAGACAGCAUGCAGGUCACUCUGGCUCGGCAGAACAUGGCCCACUACAGUGAGAAACUCUACCGACUUGCCCAUGAAGAGGCCAAGAAAAAGGGGUAUGACCUUCCUGUUGACUCCAUGGCUAUCAAGGCUGCCAAGGCCUCCAGGGACAUUGCCAGUGAUUACAAGUACAAGACCGGAUAUCGCAAACAAGUUGGACACCACAUUGGGGCCCUCAGCAUCCAAGAUGACCCCCUGCUGAUGCUCGCUCUGAAUUCAGCCAAGAUCGCAAGUGAUGCUUUAUACAAGAAGGACUUCCAUAAGUCCAAGACCAAAUACAACCUUCCAGUGGACAUGAUUGCCUUUGAGCUGGCUAAGAAGAAUCAGAUCCAGGUCAAUGACUUCAAUUACAGGACCCGCCUUCACAACUGGACCUGCCUGCCGGACUCCAAUGAUGUCGUCCAGGCCAGACAGGUCUAUGACAUGCAGAGUGAUGCAGUUUACAAGGCAGACCUGAAAUGGCUUAAGGGCUUGGGAUGGGUUCCCAUGGGCUCUCUGGACGUCGAACAGGUGAAGAAGGCUGGACAGGUCCUGAGUGAGAACCUGUACCGCCAGCACCCGAGCAAAUUCACCUUCACCAGCUCGACAGAGGACAUGCCGAUGGUUCUGGCUAAAGCCAAUGCGCUAAACACCAACAAGUAUCGCUACACUGAAGCCUGGGACAACGACAAGACAAAGAUUCACGUGAUGCCAGACAGCAUGCUGGUCACUCUGGCUCGGCAGAACAUGGCCCACUACAGUGAGAAACUCUAUAAACUUGCCCAUGAAGAGGCCAAGAAAAAGGGUUAUGACCUCCCUGUUGACUGCUUGGCUAUCAAGGCUGCCAAGGCCUCCAAGGACAUUGCCAGUGAUUACAAGUACAAGACCGGAUAUCGCAAACAAGUUGGACACCACAUUGGGGCCCUCAGCAUCCAAGAUGACCCCCUGCUGAUGCUUGCUCUGAAUUCAGCCAAGAUCGCAAGUGAUGCUUUAUACAAGAAGGACUUCCAUAAGUCCAAGACCAAAUACAACCUUCCAGUGGACAUGAUUGCCUUUGAGCUGGCUAAGAAGAAUCAGAUCCAGGUCAAUGACUUCAACUACAGGACCCGCCUUCACAACUGGACCUGCCUGCCGGACUCCAAUGAUGUCGUCCAGGCCAGACAGGUCUAUGACAUGCAGAGUGAUGCAGUUUACAAGGCAGACCUGAAAUGGCUUAAGGGCUUGGGAUGGGUUCCCAUGGGCUCUCUGGACGUCGAACAGGUGAAGAAGGCUGGACAGGUCCUGAGUGAGAACCUGUACCGCCAGCACCCGAGCAAAUUCACCUUCACCAGCUCGACAGAGGACAUGCCGAUGGUUCUGGCUAAAGCCAAUGCACUAAACACCAACAAGUUUCGCUACACUGAAGCCUGGGACAACGACAAGACAAACAUUCACGUGAUGCCAGACAGCAUGCUGGUCACUCUGGCUCGACAGAACAUGGCCCACUACAGUGAGAAACUCUACCGACUUGCCCAUGAAGAGGCCAAGAAAAAGGGGUAUGACCUCCCUGUUGACUGCUUGGCUAUCAAGGCUGCCAAGGCCUCCAGGGACAUUGCCAGUGAUUACAAGUACAAGACCGGAUAUCGCAAACAAGUUGGACACCACAUUGGGGCCCUCAGCAUCCAAGAUGACCCCCUGCUGAUGCUCGCUCUGAAUUCAGCCAAGAUCGCAAGUGAUGCUUUAUACAAGAAGGACUUCCAUAAGUCCAAGACCAAAUACAACCUUCCAGUGGACAUGAUUGCCUUUGAGCUGGCUAAGAAGAAUCAGAUCCAGGUCAAUGACUUCAAUUACAGGACCCGCCUUCACAACUGGACCUGCCUGCCGGACUCCAAUGAUGUCGUCCAGGCCAGACAGGUCUAUGACAUGCAGAGUGAUGCUGUAUACAAGGCAGACCUGAAAUGGCUUAAGGGCUUGGGAUGGGUUCCCAUGGGCUCUCUGGACGUCGAAAAGGUGAAGAAGGCUGGACAGGUCCUGAGUGAGAACCUGUACCGCCAGCAUCCGAGCAAAUUCACCUUCACCAGCUCGACAGAGGACAUACCGAUGGUUCUGGCUAAAGCCAAUGCGCUAAACACCAACAAGUUUCGCUACACUGAAGCCUGGGACAACGACAAGACAAAGAUUCAUAUGAUGCCAGACAGCAUGCUGGUCACUCUGGCUCGACAGAACAUGGCCCACUACAGUGAGAAACUCUAUAAACUCGCCCAUGAAGAGGCCAAAAAAAAGGGUUAUGACCUCCCUGUUGACUGCUUGGCUAUCAAGGCUGCCAAGGCCUCCAAGGACAUUGCCAGUGAUUAUAAAUACAAGACAGGAUAUCGCAAGCAAGUGGGACACCACAUUGGAGCCCGUAGUGUCCAGGACGACCCUCUGCUUAUGCUGGCUCUGAACUCGGGCAGGAUCGCCAGCGAUGUUCUAUACAAGAAGGACUUCAACAAGUCCAAGACCAAAUUCCACCUCCCCGUUGACAUGCUGAACAUCGAGCUGGCUAAGAAGUGCCAGAUCCAAGUCAAUGACUUCAACUACAGAACUCACCUGCACAACUGGACCUGCCUGCCAGACUCCAAUGAUGUCGUUCAAGCCAGACAGGCCUAUGAUCUGCAGAGUGAUGCUGUAUACAAGGCAGACCUUAAGUGGCUUCAGGGUCUUGGGUGGGUCCCGAUUGGCUCACUUGAUGUUGAGAAAGCCAAGAAAGCUGCAGAUAUCCUGAGUGAGAGGAAGUACCGGCAACCUCCUAGCUCACAUCCAUUCUCCAGUGUGACUGACUCCUUGGAGCUUAUGCUAGCACAGGCCAAUGCCAUAAUCAUGAACAAGCGUCUGUACACUGAAGCCUGGGAAAAGGACAAAGUCAAAAUCCAUGUCAUGCCUGACACCCCCGAGAUUCUUUUGGCUCAACAGAACAAACUAAACAACAGUCGGCAAUAUUACAGGCAUGCUUUUGAAGAAUCCCUCAAGAUGGGCUAUCACCUACCUCAAGAUGCAAUUUCUGUCAUAGCAGCAAAGGCCUCCAGGGAUAUUGCCAGCAAUUACAAGUACAAGGCUAGUUACCGCAAACAAGUGGGUCACCACAUUGGAGCCCGUAGUGUCCAGGAUGACCCGCUGCUCAUGCUAGCUCUGAACUCGGCCAAGAUUGCCAGCGAUGCUCUAUACAAGAAGGACUUUAACAAGUCCAAGACCAAAUUCCACCUCCCCGCUGACAUGCUGAACAUCGAGCUGGCUAAGAAGUGCCAGAUCCAAGUCAAUGACUUCAACUACAGGACUCGCCUGCACAACUGGACCUGCCUACCGGACUCCAAUGAUGUCGUUCAAGCCAGGAAGGCCUAUGAUCUAAACAGUGACGCUGUGUACAAGGCAGACAUGGAGUACAUGAGGGGACUUGGAUGGAUUCCCAUUGGCUCAUUUGAUGUUGUGAAGGCAAAGAAGGCUGCGGAGAUCCUAAGUGAACGAUCGUACCGCCAAAAGCCGGACACUUUUAAGUAUACAACUGAUAUGGAGUCCAUUCCUAUGGUAUUAGCCAAAGCAAAUGCUCAGACAAUAAACAAGCGCCUGUACAUCGAUGCCUGGGAAAACGAGAAAACUAAGAUCCAUGUGAAUGCUGAUCUACCUGAGAUUGCUCUAGCUAAGGUCAAUGCUGCCAACAUCAGUCAGAAACUUUACCGGAAGAGCUUUGAGGAUUUUAUUAUAAAGGGCUAUGACAUGAAACCAGAUGCCAUAUCAGUGAGAGCUGCCCGGGCUUCUCGGGACAUUGCCAGUGAUUAUAAAUAUAAAGCAGGAUAUCGCAAGCAAGUGGGACACCACAUUGGAGCCCGUAGUGUCCAGGACGACCCUCUGCUUAUGCUGGCUCUGAACUCGGGCAGGAUCGCCAGCGAUGUUCUAUACAAGAAGGACUUCAACAAGUCCAAGACCAAAUUCCACCUCCCCGCUGACAUGCUGAACAUCGAGCUGGCUAAGAAGUGCCAGAUCCAAGUCAAUGACUUCAACUACAGGACUCGCCUGCACAACUGGACCUGCCUGCCGGACUCCAAUGAUGUCGUUCAAGCCAGGAAGGUCUAUGAUAUGCAGAGUGAUGCUGUUUACAAGUCAGACCUGGAAUGGCUCAGAGGUACUGGCUGGGUCCCCAUUGGUUCGCCAGAUGUUGAGCAAGCUAAGAAGGCGGCCGAGGUCUUAAGUGAGAAAAAGUACCGCCAGCAUCCAAGCAACUUCAAGUUUUCCAGCAAGAUGGAUUCCUUGCACCUUGCUCUGGUUCAGGCUAAUGCAAAACUAAUGGACCAGAGGGCUUACACAGAGGCCUGGGACAGAGACAAGGUCAACAUCCACAUCAUGCCAGACACGCCAGCCAUUCUUCUUGCACAGCAGAACAAACUCAACACCAGCCAGAAAUAUUAUAGAAAAGACUAUGAAGACAGUCUCCAGAAGGGCUAUUACCUUCCCAAGGAUGCUAUCCCUGUGAUGUCAGCGAAAGCCUCCAGAGACAUCAUCAGUGAUUACAAGUACAAGGCAGGCUACCGCAAGCAAAAGGGGCACCACAUUGGAGCCCUUACCAUCCAUGAUGACCCUUUGAUCAUACUGGCCAUGAAUGCGGUCAAGAUCGCCAGCGAUGUUCUAUACAAGAAGGACUUCAACAAGUCCAAGACCAAAUUCCACCUCCCUGCUGACAUGCUGAACAUCGAGCUGGCUAAGAAGUGCCAGAUCCAAGUCAAUGACUUCAACUACAGAACUCGCCUGCACAACUGGACCUGCCUGCCAGACUCCAAUGAUGUUGUCCAAGCCAGGAAGGUCUAUGAUAUGCACAGUGAUGCGGUGUACAAGUCAGAUCUUGAGUGGCUUCGAGGCUGUGGCUGGAUGCCACAGGAUUCUCUGGAUGUGAACAAGGUCAAGCGUGCCCAGAACAUCCUCAACGACAGGCUGUACCGCCAACAUCCAGGCACCAUCAAGUUUACCAGCAUCGUCGACUUGCCCGACAUCAUUCUGGCUAAGCAAAAUGCCGACAUCCUCAGUGAUAUGAAAUACAAAAAAGCCUGGGAGAAGGACAAAACCAACAUACACAUGACACCUGACAUACCCUCCAUGGAGCUGUCCAAGGUCAACUCCCUCAAUAUUAGUAAUAAAUUGUACACAAAAGCCUGGGAUGAUGAGAAGGCCAAGGCAUACCAAAUAAAAGCAGAUGCCAUCUCCUUUUUGAAUGCCAGAUCAUCUCGGGAUAUCAUUAGUGAUUACAAAUACAAGGCAGGUUACCGGAAGCAAUUGGGUCACCACAUUGGAAUCCACAGUGUCCAAGAAGACCCCCUGCUUAUGAUGGCUUUGAAUGCCGUCAAAAUUGCCAGUGAUGUCCGGUACAAGAAGAACUUCAAUAAGUCCAAGACCAAAUUCCACCUCCCCGCUGACAUGCUGAGCAUCGAGUUGGCUAAGAAGUGCCAGAUCCAAGUCAAUGACUUCAACUACAGAACUCACCUGCACAACUGGACCUGCCUGCCAGACUCCAACGAUGUCGUUCAAGCCAGGAAGGCCUAUGAUCUGCAGAGUGAUGCAGUUUACAAGUCUGACCGGGAGUGGUUAAAGGGCAUUGGCUGGAUGCCAAAUGAAUCGUUUGAAGUAAAGAAAGCAAAGAAUGCCCAGAAGAUCUUGACAGAUAGAGGGUACCGCACCAAAGUGGAUGAACUUAAGUACACAACUGCUUUAGACAGAGUAGAUUUUAUUGCAGCCAGAAAUGCAGCAGGAAUCCUGAAUGAGGCAAAAUAUCGUGAGGCUUGGCACAAUGACAAGACUAAGUACACGAUGCUGGAUACCCCGCAGUUUGCAGCAGCUAGGGAGGCUGCCAAGAACAUUAACCAGCAUCUGUACAUCCAGGAUUGGGAGAAGAAAAAAGCAACGAGUUACAACAUGUCGAUCGACGCUUUGAUGCUCAGGCAUAGCAUUCAGAUCGGAAACAUGCAGAGUGACCAUAACUACAAAGAAAAUUACCGCAAGCAAAUGGGGCAUCACGCCGGAGCCCUCGCCGUUCACGAUGACCCCCUGCUUAGGAUGGCUUUGAAUGCAGUCAGAAUUGCCAGCGAUGUUCUAUACAAGAAGGGCUUCCAUGAGACCAAGACCAAAUACACCCUUCCUGCAGAUAUGAUUGCAGUUGAGCUGGCUAAGAAGAACCAGAUGCAAGUCAAUGAUAAAAACUAUAGAACUCACUUGCACAACUGGACCUGCCUGCCAGAUUCUAAUGAUGUCAUCCAGGCUCGGAAAGCGUACGACCUACAGAGUGAUUUUGUCUACAAGGCUGACUUGGAGUGGCUCCGUGGUUGCGGUUGGGUGGCACUGGAUUCGGUGGAUCAUGUGAAAGUCAGGAAGGCACAGAAUACACUGAACGACAGGUUUUACAAGAAGGAGGCCAGAGAAAACUUCGGCAGAUACACGCAUGUUGUGGAUCGCCCAGAGAUCAUUUUGGCCAAAGUCAAUGCUUUCCACCUCAGCGAUGUUAAAUACAAAGAGACUUUCAACUUGGAGAAAGGCAAGUACAUUGGCUCAAUGGACACCCCACAGCUGGCCCACUGCAGAGAGGUGUCCAAGCUCAACAGUGAGAAACUCUACAAAUUGAACUGGGACAACAGCAAAGCCAUCGGAUACCAACUGGACCACUUGUACAUUCCUUUAGUAGCGGCAAAGCAGAGUCGAGAUGUCAUUAGCGAGGCAAAAUACAAGGAGGCCCAUGAGAAUGCAAAGGGACACUAUUUAGCAGGGACCACUGUAGACUUCCCGCAGGUGGUCCAUGCCGCUGGGAUUGAGAAGAUGAAGAGCAUGAGAGAUUACCGGAAGGGCUACGAGCAGACCAAGACCAAGCUGCACAUCCCCUUCGACAUGCUGAGCCACAUCGUUGCCAAACGCUGCCAGGGCAUUCUGAGCGACAUCCAGUACCGGAACUACUUGCACCAGUGGAUCUGCCUCCCAGAGCAAAAUGACGUCAUUCAAGCACGCAAGGCCAAUGAAAUCCUGAGUGAUGUGUUCUACAAAGAAGAUCUAAACUGGAUAAAGGGUAUCGGUUGCUAUGUGUGGGAUACACCUGAGAUCCUCCGUGCCAAGAAGUCAUAUGAGAUACAAAGUGAUAUCAAGUACAAAGCUGAGGGAAAGAAGGACCUGAAUAACUUUUCCAUGGUGACAGACACACCGCACUAUGUAUCAGCUGUUCUGGGCCACACCUGGGCCAGUGAGCUGAACUACAGGGAAGCUUACCACAAGGACAAGCAUAAUUACACUACUGUCCUGGAUACCUUUGAUUUUCCCAGGUAUCAGUACCUGAAGCAAGCAUACAGCAAUAAAUUAUACACAGCUGCAUGGGAUACCUUCAAGGCAAAGAGUUACAAGUUGCCAGCAGAUUCCCGAACCUUUGCUCAUGUGAAAAACCAGAAGACCAUUCAGAGUGAUGUGAAGUACCAUGAGGAUUAUGAGAGGUUCAAGGCCCUAUACAGUCUGCCCAAAUCAGCAGAGGAUGACCCUGUGAUGGCUCGGUGUAUCCGCGCUGGGAAGCUUUGCCUGGAUCGCCUCUACAGGCAAGGCUACGAGAAGAGCAAGGCCAGGGUGCACCUGCCCCCUGACAUGCAUGAAGUCGUGGCUGCCCGGCAGACCCAGGACCGGGUCAGUGAGGUCGGGUACCGCCAUUACCUGCACCAGUGGAUCUGCCUGCCAGACCUGCAGGUCUAUGCUCAUGCUCGCAAGGUCAACGAGCAGCUCAGUGAUGUCUUCUACAAGGACGACCUGAACUGGCUAAAGGGCAUUGGCUGCUUUGUCUGGGACACUCCUGAGAUCCUGCGUUGUAAACGUGCUGACAAAAUUCAGAGUGAGAACCAAUACAGAGCCGUAGGGGUGGAGAAUUUAAAAAAUUACUCUGUAGUGCUGGAAACUCCAACUUAUGAAGCCUACAAAAAGAGUGCUGUACACCUGAGUGAUCUUAACUACCACCAUGAUUAUACCACCAACAUCAAGGGCACCAACACAGCCCCAGCCAUCACCUUAGACACCGAAAGGGUGAAGCUGGCCAACUACAUCCAGAGCGACAACUUCUACAAAUAUGCCAACAAGAAACUCAUGCCUACUGGUUACUCCAUUCCCUCUGACAUGCCGCUCAUCAAGCAAGCCCAAGCCAACACCCUCCUAUCCAGCAAUGUGAAGUACAAGGAAGCCUAUGACCUCAUGAAGGCAAAGAACUACACUCUGGACUGCAACAGUGUUAAUCUUGUCAACAUCAAGAAAGUCAACGCACUCACCAACCUGCGUCUCUACCAUGAGAAAUAUCAUAAGGAGAAGGACAAGAUCCAUUCCACCUACGACACACCAGAAAUCCACCAAGUCAGGAAGACCCAGAAGGCCAUCAGUGAUCUGUGCUACAAAGAAAAGUAUUUCAACAACAGAGGCAACAUGAUUUCUCUACCAAUCACUCCACAACUGAUGCACUGCCACCACGUCAACGAGAUCACCAGUGAUCUUAAGUACAAAGAGGACUUACAGUGGCUGAGGGGCCUUGGCUGUUUCAUGUACGAAACACCAGAGCUGGUCCGCAUCCGCAAAAUCACCAGGUUCCGGGUAAAUUACGAUGUGGAAGCUAAGAAGAUGCGCAGUCAGUACUGCACUGUCCUGGAAACGCCAGAGUAUAAGCGUGUGACCGAGCUGAAGACCCAUAUGAGUGACCUGGUGUAUAAAGCCAAAGGCAAUGAGCAGAAGUCCAAAUGCACCACAAACGCGGACCGUCUAGACAUCCAGAGAGUCAAGUGGGCCCAGCAGCUGACCAGCCAGUUCCUUUAUACCGACCUGGCCUCCAAGGAGAGGGCUCACUACACCCCUGAGAUGAACACUCCUGCCAUGCAGCACACUCGCAAGAUGAAGGUGGUCUUCAGUGAGAAGAAAUACAAGGAUCAAUAUGAGAGGAUGAAGCACAAGUACACCUCCAUCGCCGACACACCGAUCGUCAUCAGGGCCAAGAAGGCUUACCUCAACUCUAGUGAUCUUCGCUACAAGGAGGCCUUUGAGUUGGCUAAGGGCCGCUACCACACAGUGAAGGAUGCUCUGGACAUUCUCUACCACCGCAGGGUCACGGAUGAUAUAAGCGAGGUGAAGUAUAGGGAGAAGUACAUCAGCUCUUUGGGACUCUGGAGGUCCAUCCCAGACCGCCCUGACCUCUUCCACCACAAGAUCGUGCGGGACUCCAUCAGCACUGUUAAAUACAAGGAGGAACUAGACUGGCUGAAGGGUAUCGGUUGCUACGUGUGGGACACCCCAUUGAUGGUGUUGGCAGAGAAGAACAAAACCCUUUACAGUGAGAGGAUAUAUAAAGCAUCAUUUGAGACAAACAGAGGUAACUUCAGGUAUACCUGUGACACGCCAUUCUAUCGUGCCAUGAAGAAUGCCUCCGUUGUAACCGAUCAUAAGCGGUACCGGUCCAGAGCCAUGGAGCUCCUAAAGAGUGGCUGCAAUGAGCUUUUCCGGCCGGACAUCCUUGGAGCCAUGUACAACUCCAGCAUGUGGAGCCAGUGGAGGUACAAGGAGAAGUACCAGCGCACCAAGGACAAGUACACCACAGUGCUGGAGACCCCCGAGCACGACAUGCACGAGCGCAGCAAGAAAAUCAGUGACAUCAUAUAUAAGAUGGAGUACAAUAGAAACAAGGCCACGGCCUACACCCUGGGCCAUGACACCCCACUCCAGCUGCACAUGAAGAAGGUCAAGGAUCUUCAGAGCGUGCAAAAGUACAAAGAGCAGUAUGAGAGUGAGAAAGCUCACAUCAACAUCGCUUCUGAUGCUCAUGAAAUCCGGGCCGCCAAGGAGGCCUACAAGAACAUCAGUAAUCUUGACUACAAGAAGAAAUAUGAGGCCACCAAAAACAAGUGGAUCUGGACUGUGGACAGGCCAGACUUUGUCCAUGCAGCAAAGACCUCUCUUCAGCAGAGCGAUGUAGAGUACAAGUAUGACAAGGAGAUGCUGAAGGGCUGCAAGACCUCUGUGGUUGACGACAAGCUCCUGACCCUGAUCAAGCAAACUGGCCAGCUGGCCAGUGAAGUCAAAUACAAGGAGAAGUAUGAGAAGGCAAAGGGAAACUACCAAACUGUUCCUGACACCCCUCACAUGCUCCAUAUCAAAUCAGUAGCCUCCCUCUCAUCUGUGAGCAAAUAUAAGGAGGCCAGCAAGAAGCAAAUGCAGUCUGGCUCCUUUACAACGCUGCCGGAGACUCGGGAGACUGCCCACGGGAAGGAGAUGUCCAAACUGGUCAGCGAGAAAAAAUACAAGCUGAAGUUUGAGAAAGAAAAGGGCAAGUCCCAGUACAACAACAUGAUCGUCCCCCCUAAUGUGCAGCAUGCAAUGGAUGUGGCCAAGAGCCAGAGCAACGUGGCCUAUAAGCAGGAGAGAAAAGCUAAGCUGCAAUACACACCAGUGGCAGACCGGCCUGAUAUCAGGAAGGCCACCCAAGCUGCCAAGCUCAUCAGCAACGUGGGCUACCGGGACAAGGCCCGUGAGGAGGCCAGUCGCGGGGGGUCACUGGCUAACCGGCCUGAUAUCACCCUCGCCACUGAGGUGUCCAAACUCACCAGCCAGGUCAGGUACAAGGAGAAGUUUGAUAAGGAGAUGAAGGGGCAGAGGCCACAGUAUGACCUCAAGAGCAGCAAGAUUUACCAAACUCUCAAGGAUGCCAAUACUCUCGCCAGUGAGGUGAAGUACAAGACAGACCUGAAGAAGAUCCACAAACCUGUAACAAACAUAUCUGAGUCUCUGUCCAUGCAGCACAGCCUGAGCACCAGCAAACUGUCCAGUGAUUAUCAGUACAAGAAGAAAUUUGAGGAGAGUAAAGGUCGCUAUCACAUGAUUCCAGACACACCUGAGCAGAUCCAUCAUAAGGAGGCUUCAGAACUGCAGAGCCAAGUAAAGUACAAGGAGAAAUAUGAGAAGGAGCGUGGCAAGGCCAUGCUGGACUUUGAGACGCCUUCGUAUAUGUCAGCUAAAGAAGCCCAGCAACUGCAGAGCCAGAAAGAUUAUAAGAAGGAGUAUGAGGAGUCCAUCAAAGGGAGGAAUCUCUCUGGCCUGGAGGUCACCCCUGCCAUGUUGCACGUCAGACAUGCCACCAAAAUCGUCAGCGAGAAAGAGUACAGGAGGGAUCUAGAGGAGGGGGUCAAGGGUAAAGGUUUAACGGUCCUGGACGAAACUCCUGAACUGUUGAGAGCAAAGAAUGCAACCCAAAUUCUGAAUGAGAGAGAAUACAAAAAGGCCCUGGAGAAUGAGAUUAAGGGCAAAGGGAUCACCAUAGCAACAGACACCCCAGACUUCAUGAGGGCAAAGAAUGCCACCGACAUCCUCAGCCAGACAAAGUACAAGCAGACAGCUGAGCAGGACCGAGCCAGCUACACAACGGUGACCGACACACCUGACAUCAUCCACGCUCAGCAGGUCCGAAACCUCGUCAGCCAGAAAAAGUACAAGGAGGACGCUGAGAAGAGCAUGUCUCACUACGUGCCGGUACUGGACACGCCCGAGAUGCAGCGAUUCCGUGAGAACCAGAAGAACUUCAGCACGCUUCAGUACCAGACUGACCUUAAAAACAAUCGGGGAAAAAUGUCUGUCAUAAAGGACACCCCGGAAAUGCAGCGUGUUAAAGACAAUCAAAGGAAUUUCAGCUCGAUAUUGUACAAAGAGGAACUGGGCGGUGGAACAGCUGUAGCAGAGACCCCAGAGAUGGAGAGAGUUAAACGCAAUCAGCAAGCAAUUAGCACGAUAAAGUACAAGGAUGCAUUGGGUCAAGGUACAGCCAUCCCAGACCUCCCUGAGGUGAAACGGGUUCGGGAAACCCAGAAGAACAUCAGCUCGAUAAAGUACAAGGAGUCAGUGGGCCAAGGUACAGCCAUCUCAGACCUCCCUGAGGUGAAACGGGUCCGGGAGACCCAGAAGAACAUCAGCUCGGUGAUGUAUAAGGACAACGCAGCGAAGGGAACCCCAGUCAUGUUCACACCCGAGAUGGAGCGAGUCAAACGCAACCAAGAACACAUUAGCUCGGUACUGUACUCUGAUAGUUUCCGCAAGCAGAUCCAGGGCAGAGCUGCUUUUGUGUUAGACACCCCUGAGAUGAGGCGAGUCAAGGAGACCCAACGCAACAUCUCCGGAGUGGUGUACCACCAAGAGUUUGAGAAGAACAAGGGCAGCUUCACGCCCGUCGUGACCGACCCCAUCACUGAGCGUGUGAAGAAGAACACGCAAGAUUUCAGUGACAUCAACUACCGUGGAAUCCAGAGGAAAGUGGUGGAGAUGGAGAGAAAAAGGGCAGAGGAUCAUGACCAGGAUACCAUCACAGACUUGCGCGUGUGGCGCACCAACCCUGGCUCAGUCUUUGACUAUGACCCGGCAGAGGACAACAUCCAGUCCAGGAGUCUACACAAGAUGUCAGUCCAAGCCCAGCGGCGCAAUAAGGACCUUUCCCGAUCCACCAGCAUGCUAAUCCCAGGGGAUGAGAAGUCAGAAGUUUCUGAGAACGCAGACCACCAGCUGUCCCAGUACAGCAACGGCUUUGGCAGCUCAUCUCUAGGGUAUCGGCAGACCAAAACUGUGGAGGUACAGCAAAGGUCAUCCUCUGUGGCCACACAGCUGACAGCACCAUCCUCUGUCCCCUCUCACCCUUCUACCACAGGGAAAACCGUCCGUGCCAUGUAUGACUAUGCAGCUGCAGACGACGACGAGGUGUCGUUCAAAGAUGGAGACGUUAUCAUGAAUGUGCAGUCCAUCGACGAGGGCUGGAUGUAUGGAACCGUGCAGCGCACCGGCAAGACCGGCAUGCUGCCUGCCAAUUACGUGGAAGCAAUCUAAAGGCAGGCAGCAUCCGGCAUGUGUGUCGCUCAUACGCUCAUGCAUGUAUGGUAGCACGACACAUGCCAUGCCAGGCAGACUUCAAAAACAUGCUGUAUAAUUAGUAUUUUGUAAUCUGCCAUACCAUUCUGCUGUAAAACGCCUUUAAAAACAUUUGUUUUGUUCUAUAACAGAGACGAAUCCAAGGAACACUGAUAAUUUAAUAAAUGAAUAGCUGACAUUUAAGUUAUUGGAAAUUCAAAGAGAAGACUGGCUAAAUCUGUCCUUGCUACCCUUUAUGGAAGCUAAUAUUUGUUAAGUAAAAUUUAAAAAAAAGGAAUUUUAAAAGAAAAGGCAAGCCCCUCCCCUUCUGUGGUGAAGUCUGACCAUUAGUUCAUGCAUGGCAUGUUGUAUCCUAGGGGCAAAUGUAUACCUACAAUAGAUAAUAAAACACAUUUAGAUUCUGCAA